UCAAUCCAACGGUGCGUUGAGCAUAUAUGUAGACAUUUGUAGACAUAUUAUUAUAUUUAUUAACAAAUUUUUAAGAUGAUAGACAAACCCAAUAAAAGCUUUGAAAAUCCGCAAACCAUGAAACCAAACCAAAUUUCCCGUAAGCGCAAGUGCAACGAGACGGACAGCUUUCAUGUUACCAAAUACCGAAUACUUUCGACUAACGAUUGCUUGGCCAUGAGUUCUUCAGAUGGAUAUCUGAGCCGAUCAACGCAUGAGUUUCAGAGACCUGUACCGGGCACAGGAGCAGAAAUCAACCUGCUCAGCUCACAAGAAAGGAUUCGAAGCAGCUCAAGGCCUACAAAUCUAUGCUUCUUCGACCCCAAAUUCAAAGAAUGCAACAAUUUGCAUGAUUCCUUAUCAAAUCUUGUAUAUGUGUCUUCUUCCUCAAAUUGUCGGAUUUUACAACGUACAAAGGCUUUAAUGAACAAAUUCAAGAAUAACAUUUACCUGGUUGACAAUUUCACCGAUACUUAUAAUCAGAAGGUCAUACGAUCUAGACAAGAAAGGGAACUUUUACUUAAAAGUACCGAAUUCGAGCUUGAAGCCAUAAAAGAAGAACGUCUGGCAUAUGAAAAACAAAUGGCUUUAAAACUCGUAAACGAAAAUCUAGGUCUAGAUCGACGUAUCUCAAAACCGACAAUGAAUGACAAAGCAACGCAGGAGAAUGUAGAUCAAGAGAUUAUAUCUGUUUCUAAGUUGAUAAUGCCAACUGACCAAUAUGUCUUGGCAUGUGAAAAUGCAUCUAAUGAUAUCCAGAUGGAGGAGGCAACUCAAGAUUUAAACAAACAUAUCAAACUCCAAGAGGAUGAAUUAGUCGAAAACCUCGAUCAUUCUGUCAAUGCCUCUAAUGAUAUCCCGAUAAAGGAGGCAACUCAAGAUCUAAGCAAACAGAUCAAACUCCAAGAGGAUGAAUUAGUCAAAGCUAUAGAAAACCCUGAUCAGUCUGUCAGUGACUAUAUCAAAAUUGAACAGACCGAAGAUCUACAGUUUAUAGUAAACGAAUCCCCACAAGAAUUAGUUUAUGUAAGUGAUAAUAUUGAAUUAGUCAAGGCUAUAGAAAACCCUGAUGAGUCUGUCAGUGACUAUAUCCAAAUUGAUCAGACCGAAGCUCUACAGUUUCUAGUAAACGAAUCCCCACAAGAAUUAGUUUUUGUAAGUGAUAAUAUUGAAUUGGUCAAGGCUAUAGAAAACCCUGAUCAGUCUGUGAGUGACUAUAUCCAAAUUGAUCAGACAGAAGCUCUACAGUUUCUAGUAAACGAAUCCCCAAAAGAAUUGUUUUUUGUAAGUGAUAAUAUUGAAUUAGUUAAGGCUAUAGAAAACCCUGAUCAGUCUGUGAGUGACUAUAUCCAAAUGGAUCAAACCGAAGAUCUACAGUUUAUAGUAAACGAAUCCCCACAAGAAUUGGUUUAUGUAAGUGAUAAUAUUGAAUUAGUUAAGGCUAUAGAAAACCCUGAUCAGUCUGUGAGUGACUAUAUCCAAAUGGAUCAAACCGAAGAUCUACAGUUUCAAAUAAAAGAAUCCCCACAAGAAUUGCUCUUUGUAAGUGAUAAUAUUGAAUUAGUCAAGGCUAUAGAAAACCCUGAUCAGUCUGUGAGUGACUAUAUCCAAAUUGAUCAGACAGAAGCUCUACAGUUUCUAGUAAACGAAUCCCCACAAGAAUUGGUUUUUGUAAGUGAUAAUAUUGAAUUAGUCAAGGCUAUAGAAAGCCCUGAUCAGUCUGUCAGUGACUAUAUCCAAAUGGAUCAGACCCAAGCUCUACAGUUUCUAGUAAACGAAUCCCCAAAAGAAUUGGUUAUUGUAAGUGAUAAUAUUCAGAUAAAAGAGGAGAACAAUAAGCAAACUAAUUCUCCCAAGAAAGAAAGCCAGUCAUCUGAUAAAGAAUUAAUCAAUAGUGUAAAUAAGAUCGAUCAGUCUAUAAGUCAUGAUAAUCAAAAAGAGGAAAUAAAAAAUCUUCAGUUUUCAUCAACUUGGUUGAGAUAUAAAAAUAAAUUCAAGAAUACAAGAAACUCCCAACAAUUUGAAGUUCAUGAUAUUCAGAAUGAUAAAAAGGAGAAAGAACCAAAACAGGAGAAAAACAAAGAUCAAAAUUGUCCAACCAACUCCCAAAUAGAUAUCAAAUCCGACCAAUCCAUGAACGAUGUUUUAAAGAACAUAAUCAAAAGUAUAGAUUUUUCAACCAUUAAAAGUCCGAAUAAUGCCAACAGUGUAGAAUGUGUGGAAGAAGAGGUUAAAAAUGAAGAAAAAGAGGAAAAGCCUCUGGUAAUUGAAGUGAAGGAUAGCUUCGUCUUGAACUUAAAGAAAUUUAGAAAUCGAAGGGCAAAUUUCAUUAAAGAGGCCUCCCCCUUAAUAGAUCGUUUUGGGAGUAGAAAUGAAUAUUUUACACUUACAGAAACCCACUUAAAGUGGCUAAAUAUGAGUAUUAAAAAUAAAAAUGAUGAAUUUCCACUUUUGACAACGGAAAUGAUGCAUCGUUAUAAUAAUUUAAUGGAAGGUCAUCCAGAUGACGAGAUAAUAUCAAAAUUUAGUUUACACAUCAAACGUGUAUCCAUACGGACAUUGAGUGGUUCAAAUUGGUUGGACGAUCAGAUAGUUAAUUUUUAUAUGAAUCUUAUUAGCGAACGAUCUGAAAUGAAAAGAAAAGAGUUGCCGAUUACUCAUUGUAUGAGUACAUUCUUUAUACCCAUAUUCGUUUCGAAUGGUUAUGCAGCAGUCAGACGAUGGACCACCAAAGUUGAUAUAUUUAGCAAGGAUAUUAUUGUUGUGCCAGUCCAUACGGACACAUCUCAUUGGUGUGUGGCCAUCAUACAUAUGCGGCAACGGACCCUACGCAGCUACGAUUCCUUGGGCCAAUUUCGAACAGAAGUCCUUGAUGCUUUAAAGUUAUAUUUGAAACAAGAGUCACUGGAUAAACAUAGAAAGCUAUUCAAUACGAAUACAUUAUUAAUCGAAAAUGCUAUGGAUGCUCCGAAACAGAGAAAUUCGAAUGAUUGCGGUGUCUUUAGUUGCAUGGUGCCCGAGUAUAUCACAAGAGAUCAACCGCUGACGUUUACCCAAAGGCAUAUUCCAUAUUUGCGUGUCAAAAUGGCUCUCGAGAUAAGCGAGGGUAGACUUUGGCUAUAAGCACGAAUCAAUUUUAAUGU